AUGCCUUCCAUUUCUCAUCUUAUACAGUCGCCACAGAGUAGUGAAGGCGCUUUGCGUACUCGCUCAGCUGAUUCCUUGUUCAUUGUAUGGGUUGGGAUACUUUCUGGUAUUCUUUUGUUCCUUAUAGUCGCUUCAGUCCUUUUGAUGGCAUGUUCUCCUAUUGACUGUUGGUCUAUACGCAAGAAAAUUGCUCGAGCUGGGUGUCGAAUAAAAUGUGGGUUCCAAAAAGAAUGGCACUUGAUCUCUGUUCGAGAAGUAUUGCCUCAAUUUAUCGCCCACGAGCAGCAAAACACACCUGGUAAGGAGGAUCCCAUCCAAACUAAGUAUUUUCAUGGCACUAAUUAUUAUGGCCGUUGUCCAGAGUCCAUCGAGAUGCAAGAAAUGAGGAUGGAAUACACUAGAUCGGAUAGCACAGAGAGUCCGCCGCCAAACUACGAAUAUUACCGGCCUCCCGAGGAGCCUUUACCUGUUUACAAACCAUAG